CUUUGCCGGACAAGGUGUUGACGUUUAUGUCGUGGAUACCGGUAUUCGAUGCUCGCACACUGCAUUCGGCGGACGUGCUCUGUGCCCCACAGAUGGCAACUUCUACGAUGGUGGUAUCAAUUUGGACGACAACGGUCAUGGCACGCACUGUGCUGGGACUGUCGGUUCCUCUUUCUACGGUGUUUCAAAGAAGGUUCAGCUCGUUGCGGUCAAGGUGCUCGGUGCAGAUGGUUCUGGCGCAACCAGCAACAUCAUCCUGGGUAUCCAGUACGCUGUCAACCGCAGCAAGGCCACAGGCAGAAAGUCCGUCAUAUCGAUGUCUCUUGGUGGUGGAGCUUCAAGUGCUUUGGACGCAGCUGUGAAGGCUGCAACUACGAACGGAGUGCAUGUUGCUGUUGCAGCUGGUAACGAGAACCAGGAUGCCAACAACGUCAGUCCUGCCCGUGCUGGUCUCAACUCUGCUGUUGUCUGUGUUGGUGCUCACGACAUUACUGAUGCUCGUGCUUCAUUCAGCAAUUAUGGAACUCCUGUCACUGUUUUUGGCCCUGGUGUCAAUGUCCUAAGUACCUGGUUCCGCAGCGACACUGAUACCAAUGUUAUCAGCGGCACUUCGAUGGCCACGCCUCACACAGCUGGUGUCUUGGCCUACUACCUCUCAGACCCUAGCUAUAACGCCUUCUCGCCUGCUCAAUUGAAGCAAGUGCUAGUCGGUAAGUCGCAGAAGGGUGUCAUUGCUCUUGGUCAAACCAAGGGUACUUUUGGCUUCUUUAGACAGCAGGUGUCACGCACUACUGCAAACAAUCUGCUGCAAAUCUGAUUAGUUUUCCAAAAGCUCCUUUCAUAAUGACCAGUUCAUAGUUCCUUCUCUGUUUCGUAAUCGAAAGACUAGCUCUCAGAGUGGUCGCGAGUCUGACUUCUACUUGACAAUGCCCACUGGAGCGCUCUACGUGUAAGGCACUAUCAAUGUCUGUUCUGUGUCAAGACAUGUUCCAGUUGUUCGCCAAGACCCAGGUUGUUGAAGCGUGGUCGCGUGCAACGGUCGGUAAUUACCAGAUCUUUCAAUAAUUUGUUCUGUCCAGCAUCUUCACAUGUUCAGCCGUCAGAAAUCGCCAUUAGAGUGCCUAGCCCAUUCACGUCGCAGGCAUGUAUUGCACACGCCUUGUCAUGAGUAUAGCAUGUAGGCAUGAUGGAGCUUAUAUGUUUCUAAGCCGACAGUCGUUGUGUUGGUACAUACGGCACGUUUGUGCCUGCGGAGAGAGCGUGUGCAGUG